GAAGGUGAAAGACAGACUUGUUUGUCACCAUGGCUGGAACAAAGACCCUUUUGACUCUGGAAAAUUUCAUAGGUGGAAAAUUCCUACCUUGUAACUCAUAUAUUGAUUCCUAUGACCCAUCUACUGGGGAAGUGUAUUGCAAAGUGCCAAAUAGUGGGAAAGCGGAGAUCGAAGCCGCAGUGGAAGCGGCCAGAGAGGCGUUUCCCGGCUGGUCUGCCCGGAGCCCCCAGGAGCGCGCGCAGGUGCUGGUCCGGCUGGCCGACGUGCUGGAGGAGUCGCUGGAGGAGUUCGCCCAGGCGGAGUCCAAAGACCAAGGGAAAACCAUCACGCUGGCGAGGAGCAUGGACAUUCCCAGGGCGGUGCACAACUUCCGCUUCUUUGCCUCCUCCCUCCUUCACCACACGUCGGAGUGCACGCACAUGGACCACGCGGGCUGCCUGCACUACACGGUGCGCGCGCCCGUGGGCAUUGCUGGACUGAUCAGUCCUUGGAACUUACCACUCUACUUGCUGACCUGGAAGAUAGCGCCCGCGAUUGCUGCUGGAAACACCGUGAUAGCCAAGCCCAGUGAGCUGACGUCGGUGACUGCGUGGAUGCUGUGCAAACUGUUCUAUAAAGCAGGGGUCCCACCAGGUGUGGUCAACAUUGUGUUUGGAACGGGGCCCAGCGUGGGUGAGGCCCUGGUGUCCCAUCCAGAGGUACCCCUGAUCUCCUUCACGGGGAGCCAGCCCACGGCCGAGCAGAUCACACGACUGAGCGCCCCACACUGCAAGAAGCUCUCACUGGAGCUGGGGGGCAAGAAUCCUGCCAUCAUCUUUGAGGAUGCCGACCUGGAGGAGUGUAUUCCAGCAACCGUCAGGUCCAGCUUUGCCAACCAGGGAGAGAUCUGCCUCUGUACCAGCAGGAUCUUUGUCCAGAGGAGCAUCUUCAGUGAAUUUUUAAAGAGAUUUGUCGAUGCUACCAGAAAGUGGAAAGUUGGCAUUCCCUCCGAUCCCUCGGCCAGCAUGGGCGCACUGAUAAGUAAAGCACAUUUGGAGAAAGUCAGAAGUUACGUCCAGAAAGCUUGUGCGGAAGGGGCCCAAAUUCUGUGCGGUGAAGGAGUGGAUAAGAUGAGCCUCCCAUCCAGAAAUCAAACUGGCUACUUUAUGCUUCCCACGGUGAUAACAGAUAUCAAGGACGAGUCCAGCUGCAUGAAGGAAGAGAUAUUUGGCCCAGUGACGUGUGUUGUCCCCUUUGAUAGCGAAGAGGAAGUGAUUAAAAGGGCCAACAACGUGAAAUAUGGCCUGGCAGCUACCGUGUGGUCCAGCAAUGUGGGGCGCGUCCACCGGGUGGCCAAGAAGCUGCAGUGUGGUUUGGUCUGGACCAACUGCUGGCUCAUCCGCGAGCUGAACCUUCCUUUCGGAGGGAUGAAGAGUUCUGGGAUAGGCAGAGAAGGGGCCAAAGACUCUUACGAUUUCUUCACUGAAAUCAAAACCAUCACGGUGAAACACUGAUUCUGGCCGAGCUGUGAUGGCUCAUGCCUGGCAGAAGAGAGUUAGUUGUCUGUCCAAUUUUGGUGAAUGGAAAUGGUGGGAAUCCAUCCUAGCCUGGAAGGCAAUGUCUAGUUCCGCCUCCGUACUUACUACUGGCAAGCCCCGGUCAAGAGAGGCUUGCCAGCAUUAGUAUGGAAUCCGUGUAGAGAAGACUUCUGAGUAAAAAGUCAAUCCAUCUUCAGUCUCCUCCCAAGCUGUUUUUUAAUUUUUAAUUUUAAUUUUAAUUUAAAAUUUAAUUUUAAUUUUCAGCGGUUUUUAAUUUUCCAUCAUUUUAAUUAAGUCUCUGGAAAUUUGGAUUCGUUUUCAGAUACCAGUAAGUGAAUAAAAAAAAAAUAACCACCAGAGAGAAACAAGGCACUCUAAUUUCCUACCUUGGGAGCUUGCGCAGAGCAUCUCGCUGUACAGCAGACACUGUCAUGGUUAAUUGAUCAUUGACUGAAUCUUGUUACACGAGGGAGGUGAAUGUUGACGAUCAACAAGUCAUUGGGUUUGUCUCAGAAGGCCUUCAUGGAAGGCCCAGCUAACUUCAUCUGUACAAGAACAGUGAAAAAUAAAGUGGUCACACUUUCCAUGGAAACUGGUAAGAAGAAGAAAGAGUUUGAUCUGUUUCUAGCGCUAAGUCAGAUCAAUUGCAAUUCUUAGUGUAUGUGAUUUUUGAGACUGUAGUUUACUAAUCCUAAAAAAAUGUAAUCAGUGUCAAAUACUACUAGCCUGGCAUACACCUUCUUCCUGAAUCGCCCUUUAUUCCUCCUCCUAACCCCUAUCCUCUCAGAAGUGUGAACUUUACACUCAGUAAUAAAGAUGCAUCCUACACGGUU